CGCAAAGAAUCAAAAAUCAUUGAGAUACAGCAUCAUUCCAAGGCCUCUGCUGACCUCCUACCUACAGUCGCCACUGAACCGGCUUCCAGUUUGGUUAGUCUGUGUUGUGACGAUUGUCGAAGACCCUCUUGGAACAAAUCUAACGGUCACGCUACUGAUAAUCCAGCUCGACGUCAUUCGACUCCCUAUUUUGAAGUUGAUUUGGAGACAGGACGUCGUCCGACGUUGGUUGUAGAGGCCACAGCCCGACUAGCCGUCGCAGAAUCUGUGGAUCUUGAGCAUAGUCGGAGGAGUUCAAGUAUCAGUGCUCAGGCUGUCUACAAACCUCUUGGAGGGAGGAUGAGUCGUCGCAAAGUGAUGCCUGGAAGGAAACCGGAUUCUGUCGAAGUGAGACCUCGUUCCUUGGAAACUGAUAUUCCCAUUGAGGGCGACUCCUCCUCCAGAUGUGUUCCGACAUGUCGAAAGAAGACAGGAUUCAUUAAAUUACGCUCCUCGGGCUCCUCCUUCCGUAAACGGAUUUUGACUAAAAAGAAUGAUAGGAGUGGCUUUUCUCGACUCAAUUUUAUGUCUCGAAGUAGACCGAAGGGAUGUGGUGAUACCACAGCCUCUCAGAUGCAAACUGUCCCUCUGAAUAGUGCUAGAAUGACUCCCAGCUCACGACGUGAUUCCCUCUACAUUUUUAGCCAUACCGAUGAACCCAUUGUCACACCGUUCGCACAAAUUCUGGCCAGUCUUCGAAAGGUCCGCGCAAACUUUAUAUGUCUUACCAACGUGCACAGCUCGAAGGAUUCCCGAUUCGGAACCUCUCACGCUGAAGAGCCACGUCGAAUUCCAUGUCCCGUUACAGACGACCCUCCCAACAGUCUGGCUGUGGAGACCCUGGAGGAACUAGAAUGGUGCCUGGAACGGCUAGAGAGCAUUCAAACCCACCGUUCUGUCAGUGAUAUGGCCUCCAGUAAGCACGUAGGCCUGGACCCUACUGGCAGCUUACUUCUGCAUCAAUACCUGGCCACUGCCACUGCUGCCGCUGUUGCUGCUGCUGCGGCUGCGCCUGCUGCUGCUGCCUCAGUUACUGUUGCUGUCACCGCUGGCUCUAAGAGUUGA